CUGGAACACAAGUCCUGUGAGGAGUGGCUGAGGGAACUGGGGUUGUUUGAUCUGGAGAAGAGGAGGCUCAGGGGAGACCUUAUUGCUCUCUACAACUACCUGAAAGUAAGGUGUGGGGAUCUGGGGGUCAGCCUCUUCUUGCAGAUACCUAGCGAUAGCACUAGAGGGAAUGGCCUCAAGUUACACCAGGGGAGGUUUAGGUUGGAAAUGAGGAGACAUUUCUUCUCAGAAAGAGCAGUCAGGCAUUGGGACGGGUUGCCCAGGGAGGUGGUGGAGUCACCGUCCCUGGGGGUGUUCAAUGAAAGGUUGGACGUGGUGCUUAGGGACAUGGUUUAGUGGGUGACACUGGUGGUAGGGGGAUGGUUGGACCAGAUGACCUUGGAGCGCUUUUCCAACCUUAUUGAUUCUAUGAUUCUAUCCACCAGCACAGCCCAUUUUAACGUUCUCCUGUUGGGCUGUCCCCACCCAGGAGGGGGAAGGGGGUGCUAUGCCACCAUCUAACCCCGAGCUUCCUUCUUCCUGUGACUCAGGAGUCUCCCUUCAGGCCAGUGGAGGCAGCAAUGAACUCAUGGCCAGGCUGCACCGUGCUGUGACCCCACACCAGGAGCAGAGAGGGCUCCCGGGUCAAACGAAACGGUGCGUGUACAGGGAAAUAAGGCCCCAGGGGAGCCUUGUCCUUGAGCCUUUAUCCUCUUGCCACCUGAAUGAAUUCCCUGAAGACUUCAGCUCAAGCCGUGCUCAGCUCCUUUAUCAUUUACGUCCCUUUUCCAUCCUGUUUGUUCCGUCAGCCAGAUCUUUCGCUGUGGGUAUCUGACCCGGUUUCACUCAUUUCCGUGAAGAUCAGCCAAGUCUCCCAGGCUGGGGAAGCGGGUCACUGCGCGUGGCGUAGGCCGGGGCUUUGGCAGCAGGAGUCCUUCCCUCUUUCCUAGCUGAGAAGCCUUCCUGCUGACACGUGGAGCUGCCUUUCCACCUCCCCGGAUGGUCGCCGGCUUCCGCAGGAGGAACGUCGGUGCCGAGUGUGUUGACUGGAUUAGAAGCAGAGAAACGCAACCUGAUAAGGACAACUGUGAUGCUCUGCGUGUUGGUAGGAACAAGCAACAGCAAAGAAAUGGGAUUGUUCUGUCACACUCUGCUGAGGAGGAGUCACUUCCACCAUUUCAUCAGAUGUCCACUGCUCUGUACACAGGGCAUGUUGGCUCCGUCUCUGCCCCUUGAAAGAACCCAUCUCACAACGUCAGCAGAACAAGGCCCCAGAAUGAACGGUUUCUCUCUGGGCGAGCUCUGCUGGCUCUUCUGCUGCCCGCCUUGCCCCAGCCGCAUCGCUGCCAAGCUGGCCUUCCUGCCCCCGGAGCCCACCUACACCGUGCUGCAGCCCGAGCAGCAGCAGGAGGCCGGGGCGGCCGCCGGGGCAGGGACCCCGACGGGCUCGGGCACCUGCAGCCUGCACCUGAGCGAGCGGGCGGACUGGCAGUACUCGCAGCGGGAACUGGAUGCCGUGGAAGUGUUCUUCUCCCGCACGGCCCGAGAUAACAGGCUGGGCUGCAUGUUCGUACGGUGUGCCCCCACCGGCCGGUACACGCUGCUCUUCUCGCACGGUAACGCCGUGGACCUGGGCCAGAUGUGCAGUUUCUACAUUGGCCUCGGCUCCCGCAUCAACUGCAACGUCUUCUCUUACGACUACUCUGGCUACGGGGUGAGCACCGGCAAGCCCUCUGAGAAAAACCUGUACGCAGACAUUGAUGCAGCCUGGCAGGCCCUCAGGACAAGGUACGGCGUUAGUCCUGAGAACAUUAUUCUGUAUGGUCAGAGUAUUGGUACUGUCCCUACAGUAGACCUGGCAUCUCGGUACGAGUGUGCAGCAGUAAUCCUUCAUUCUCCUUUGAUGUCUGGAUUACGGGUAGCUUUUCCUGACACUAGGAAAACCUAUUGUUUUGAUGCUUUUCCAAGCAUUGACAAGAUAUCUAAGGUAACCUCUCCUGUGUUGGUAAUCCAUGGUACCGAAGAUGAGGUGAUCGAUUUCUCCCACGGCCUGGCAAUGUACGAGCGAUGUCCACGAGCAGUAGAGCCCCUCUGGGUGGAAGGGGCUGGGCAUAAUGACAUAGAGCUUUAUGCACAGUACUUAGAGAGACUAAAACAGUUCAUAUCUCAUGAACUUCCCAACUCCUGAAGAAGCCUACCUGAUUUUACCUCAGUUACUGUGAACGGAAGAAAUUACCUGUUUUUGCACAUGCUUUAACUGGAUAGCUGUAAUAGCUUUAUACUAUGAAGAAAUGCCCUGUAUUUAGGGUGUUCUAAUCAAACAUCUGAUGAAAUUUGUCUUUUAUAUCUGGAAACUAUUCUACUAAUGCACACAAUAUGGUCAACUACUGUAAUUCCAACAAUUUUUAGCUUCAUUGCCCUGAAGGAAGUGGGGAAUACUAGCUGCUUAUGGGGACACUUUUUACCUAGUGCUGUAUUCAUUGAAGAUCAGUUUUCUCUCUCUCACUUCUGAUCGUUUCUAGUUCUGUCCUACAAAGACUUUUUUUUUCAGUGUUCUCAAUGUGUAGAACAUAACUGUUAUGAGCUACAGCUUCUAAACAAUCAGCCAUGGGUUCAAUCUAAGGGAGUACUUUCUUUGUAAAGUUUCUAGCUGUGGUAUUGUAACUGGAAAGUUAUUGUGAUGAAGUUCCUCCUCCUCCCUUUUAGUGUUCUUUUGUUAACUUACUGAUCUUCCCAAGUAAAUUAUUUAAAUAUACUUUUUCCUGAUAAUAAACAAACUACUAUAUGGGGCUAAACUCUGUAAUGACUUCUCCAUUACCUUGUAUAAACAUAACUGGAAUAUUCUCAAAGGAACUAUGGACAAAAUUGCUUUUGUUUAAAAAUAAAUGUGUAAAUUUACUACUAGAAAACUCAUUUUAAUAUUCAGAUGGUCUGAAUAAUAGCCAUAACAGACAUUUCCUUCUGUAAAGCAUUCCUGUAGACUUUUUAAAAGUACUGUACAUAUUUGAAUUUACAUUGUGCAUAGAUUCUUAAUUGGUAGUUUUAAUUUAAGUCUAGCUACAAUAAACUGCAAAAUUCUGGUUUGUAUAUGAUUGAAUACAUUUUGUUAAAAUAUGUUUUUAUCCCUAUAUUAUUUUGCUAUUAAAGUUUUAUAAAGUUUCCAGGACAAAAAAUUUACACAUUUAUGUUUUGAUGAAUUUAUGUAACUAAAUUUUCAUUGAGCUGAUCUUUUUAGUUUAGGAGUAAUUUGAUUCUUUGACACUGGAAUCGCACAGAUUAUGCAUCAGAAAUGCAAAACAUGUAAUUGUUACACUACUAGCAUAGGUCUAAUUUUUCCAAAUUUAAAGGCCUUAAAUGUACUGUAAGCCUCAGAUUGUUGUAUAAAUUGAUCGCGAUUGAUUGCAGUUUGUGUCCUGUUGCUAGAAUGCAACACAGUGGUUGUAAUGGAAUAAAGGAUGCAUGGAUUAGA